GUGCUGUGGGCUGCGGGUUCUGUUCUUCGUAUCGGUUCGCCUCGGCUUUGGUUAUAAAAGGCGACGAUUCCAUUUCAGUUUUAUGGAGUUGUCAUUGAGCUCGCAAGGGAUUCGAGUCCUGAAUAGUCGCUCUUUAAACUAAUCAAACUAAAAGUGAAAGUGUGUUAAAUAUACAAAUAAAAAUAAUUAAGUAAAAUAAUUAAAGAAUAUUCUAUUGCAAAAAUAUCGUGAUGCAUUUCCUAGCCGUAAUAGCUUGCAGCUUUUUGGCACUCAGCGCAGCCAGCGAAUGGGGCUAUCCGGACCUGGACAACAAUCAGGAUGAGCCAUUUCCCAAGUGGGGAGGUCUGUGUGACACCGGCAGAAAACAGAGUCCCAUCAAUUUGCACGUGAAGGGCGCGCUGAAAGGCGAGUUCAGUCCACUCAAGUUUGAGAAUUACGACGAGCAUCAGGGCGCACUGCAAAUGGUCAACAAUGGUCACUCAAUUCAACUCUCGGGCUUUGCUCACGAGCUAACGCUGAGCGGUGGAGGCCUGGGCAGCGACUUUGUUGUGGAGCAAAUCCAUAUGCAUUGGUGGUCGGAGCACACCAUAAACGACAUACGCUAUCCCCUGGAGGUGCACAUUGUGCAUCGCAACAAGAUCUAUCCCAACAUGAGCAUGGCAGCUAACUUCAAGGACGGCAUCACGGUGAUCGGCGUGCUCUAUCAUGUGUCCAAUACGCCCAACGAGGCCAUUGGCAGCAUCAUCAAGAGCCUGGACAAAGUGAAGAAAUACGAUCAGAUGAAUGUGCCCACCCUGGUGGCGGAUAGCCUGGCCGUGGACGAUCUGGUGCCAAGUGUGGACACAUAUUUCACCUAUGCAGGCUCGCUGACCACGCCCACUUGCGCAGAGGCCGUCACCUGGAUCGUGCUGACCGACACGCACCCAGUGACACUGGAUCAGGUGAAUCAGUUCAAGGAGAUCGAGUACAAAGAGGACAAACAGCUCCACAACAACUAUCGCGAACUGCAGAGCGAGAAUAAUCGAGCUGUGGUGCUGGUGCAGCAGCUGCAGGAGCGCAACUCUGCGGGCAGGAUGUCCGGCCUGAGCCUAGGACUAUUGCUGCUGCUGGGCGUGGCAGUGCGACAAUCUCAGCUGUAACUUGUGCAGGGGCGCCAGCUAGAGAGCUACACCAAAGACAAAUCCAAACCAGAGAGCAACGACAUACCAGACACACAGAAAUUAUACUCAUUAUUUGAAGGCAGGAUUCAAAUAAAUCCAGAUGAAAUUUCAACUAGUCAAUUGAUGUGACAUUCAAAGCAUGUGCCUUAAAUCUAAACUACCUAUAACUAUAU